GAAAGCUUUAUUUUGUGAAGAUUUCUUGAAUUGCUCAGCAAGUAUUAAGAGGAAAUUUCCAGACACUUUGAAGGAUUUCAUAACCCUCUACAGAUCCUUCUAGUCCCCUUUUAUGGGCCACAUUCCAAUUAUGAAACAAUGGACAUUUGUCUUAUGCCUUUUAGGAACAUGUUCUGCUUUGCCGAUACUGCCUCGUCAUGCUGGGAUUCCUGGAAUGGGUAGUAUAAGUCUUGAGGGUAUGAGACAGCUGGGUGGACCAGGUGGACCCAAGGUUCUCCCUCAGUAUGGCCAGACUUACAGCUAUGCUGAUCCAUUUAAUUCAAUGUGGAUGCACAAUUUCCUACCGUCACAUUCAUCAUUUUACUUGAUACGGCAAAGACCUCAACAUGAAACCCAACAGUAUGAAUACACAAUGCCAGUGCACCCUCCUCCGUUGCCAUCUCAAACACCCACUCUGCACCAACAACCUGGGAUACAAGAGCAACCUCAUUACCAUUACGCACAUUUCCUUCCUACAAGACAAGUCCAACUACAACAUUAUGAUGUCCAGCCGCCAUUUCAUCCAAAUCAGUUUUCUCCAUCAGAAGGAAACCAGCCAGAUGUUCAACAACAGCUAUCAUUGGAUAGACAAGCUCAACAGUUACCUGCCAUACAAGACUAUUCAGGGACAUUGGGCCAAAUCUACCCUGGCUUAUUUGGAACCCAGCAAAACACAGCCCAACAGCCACAGCUACAAUCUAUUUAUCCCAAUUUGCAAUAUAUGUCUUACAUAGCAAAUAAAGGAGUUCCUGCCAGAUUAGGAAUAGUAAGCUCAGAAGAAAUGCAGGGUGGAGGAUUUGGUGCACCGGCCUAUCGGGCAGCAGGCUCCCAUGGCUUUCCCAUGGAUGCCAGAUUUGGAAAUAUGCCACUGAAUAGAGGCCAACCAGGAGAUUACACAGUCGAAGAUGAUCAACUGGGCAUUACAGAACAACCUAAAGUUCCAAAAGGAGCCAACCUAGGGCCCAACCCUCCAGACAGAGGGAAUGAUGUUAUCCCUGUAGAUAUCAACCCAAGAGUUGCCUUGCCCAAUGCCAACAACAAUCUGUUAAACCCUGCUGGUCAGAGUAAAGGGCAGCCAAAUGCACCUCAAGCCACUGCCUUGCCUCCAGCAACUCCUGAUAGCUUCACUCCUUUAGAGGCAACUAGCAUUCCCAUGCCUUUGGAUCCUACCAUCUUUCCUGACUUCUUUUACUCAACCAGUGCAGGAAAUGAGGCUGGCCAGCCACAAGUCAGUCAAAGCAGCUGGUAUUUGCAAGAGCCUUGAAGAACACGUGCUGCUUGUUUACUCUUUAGGUAUUUCUUGGCCUUGAGUUGAUGAGAGCCAAAAACAGCCAAUGGAUGAAUCGAUGGAUGUACUGUAGCUUGUUGCAGGGAUGCCAACAGUUUUGCUUCAGUUUUUUUUUAAAUAUUUCAUCUUUGAGAAAGUUUUGGAGGCGCCAGAUGAUCAAUGGCUAAAAACUAAAUGUGUUUCCUAUCUGCUUAAGUAAUCCAUUGCCUGUUUAAGCUCUCUAGCUUUUUUUGUGCUUUAGGUCCUUGCCUGGCUCAUAUUUUUAUUACAAAUUAUUUAUGAACCCUUUGGCUUUAGAUUCCAUUUAAGACUUACAAACAGGUUCACUGAUAUGGAAGUUGUCUCUCUUAAUUCUGAUUAGAUGGCUCACUGUAUUGCAUUCAGUUGUUUAGGCAGCAUGAAAUAAACUUUUAUUUA